UCUCUCUACACGAUCGAUCAAACAAAGCUCACCAAGCGAGAGAGACUUUUCCACAGCAGAAAACAAACUCACCGGAGAAUCCAAUCAAGAAGAAGAAGAAGAAGAUGUCGUGGCAAUCAUACGUCGAUGAUCACCUUAUGUGCGAUGUCGAAGGCAACCAGCUCACCUCCGCCGCUAUUCUCGGUCAAGACGGCAGUGUCUGGGCUCAGAGCACCAAAUUCCCUCAGUUGAAGCCUCAAGAAAUCACUGGAAUCAUGAAGGACUUUGACGAGCCCGGGUUUCUUGCCCCAACCGGACUAUUCCUCGGUGGCGAAAAGUACAUGGUUAUUCAAGGUGAACCAGGAGCUGUGAUCCGAGGGAAGAAGGGACCUGGAGGCGUCACUAUCAAGAAGACAAACCAAGCACUGGUCUUUGGCAUCUACGAUGAACCGAUGACUGGAGGUCAAUGCAACUUGGUUGUGGAAAGGCUCGGGGAUUACCUUAUGGAGUCUGAUCUCUAAAUUCAAAAAGAUUUCAUUUCAGUAUCUCUUCUUAACUAAAGAGUGUCAAUGCCCUUUUCUUUAUUGUGAUUGAUUGUAAUGCUUUCAAACACAAAUCAAUUGUUACUUUAGAACCAAUUGUGAUUGUUGGUCUCUCGUUACCAAAUUUGGGAUUUGUGUGUUCUUGUAAUGACAUUUCAUGAUCGUUUCUCUCCAUAUGUAUUGGGUCUUGGUUUUUGUUUCUUCA